AUGAUGGACAGCAAUGAGAAAAGAGGUGCAGCAGCUGAGGAAUUUGCAAGGAGUGCACUUGAGGCUGCAGAUGGAGAUGUAAAUGAUGCUACAAACUUUCCCGUCGAUAGGGGCGAUGAGGUAGCCAGUGAACUCUCAAACGUUUAUGAAGAUGCAACAGAAAAUGGAGAUAAUGUUGAGAGUCAAAACAAUAAUAUGAAUCAAUGCAACCAAGAGAGGGAGAUGUCACAAAAUCUCAUGAGGAAGGAGAUUGUCCCCAUAAAUACAUCUUCAAAUAUGCUAAUAAACAGAUUUGGUAAAUGUAAAAAAGGAAGAGAGGAUGAAGAGAAGCACCAUAGUAAUAAAUGCACCAUGAACAGUGGAAUAAAUAAAGAAGGAAAUAAUAAUGAUAGAGAAUGGGAAGAUAUUCCAUCAGAAGUGGAAUGUGCUAUAUGUAUGAAGCUUCUAAUAAUACCAGUUACGAUUCCAUGUGGUCAUAAUUUUUGUCGAGAUUGUUUAGAAAAGGCAAAAGAGUAUAAUAAUUCAUGUCCAUUAUGUAGAUCAAAUAUGGGAGAUAAAAAAAAUAUUAACAUUCUAUUAGCCGAUUUGAUAAAAGAGAAAUAUCCAUUGACAUAUGCGAAAAGAGUAGAAGAAAUGGAAAAAAUGAAAAGAGAUAAAGAGGAAAAAAUUUUGAAAGAAAGAUUUGAUGCCAUUAAAAAUUCAUCAGUUAUUCCAUUGUUUAAAGUUCCACUAACAUCUGGCCCAUAUUUCCCAGGAGAAGUAUUUGAUUUAAAUAUAUAUAAUGAAAAAUUUAUCAAUCUUAUAGAAUUCAUAUCGACCGAACGUACAUUUGCAAUUACGUCCAGUAAGGAUAAAGGAGAAAAUGGGGAUGACAAAAUGUAUGGAAUACAUGUAAAGAUAUUACAGCAAAGUAAGAUUAAUCAAGUAUUUUGUAUAAAAUGUGUUGCAAAUUUUAGGGUGAUUUUGUACAAUAUAAUACAUUUUCCUCAGUAUGAAAAUUAUAUAGCUAGCCAUUCUCCACUUUUUGACGAAACGGUACCGUUCAAUUUAUUUGAAUACUCCUUAUUGAGGGCUAGCCAUGGAGUUGGAAAAAGUUCAGGUUCAUCAUUUCAGAAUGAUAAAUAUAGGAACAAUAUUUCUUUUGUCGAAAAUGGAAGAAAUUCAACAUGUAAAGAAAUUGAUAAAAUUUAUGAAGACAAUUGCAAAGUUACUGAUAAGGGAGGAGCAGGAGGAGGGGUCCUUACCAAUAAAACGAUAAUUAAUUUGGGAAAGGAAAAAGUGGAAAAAUUAAAGGCAUUAUUAAACAAAAUCGAAUUAGAAGAUGAUAUAAACUCAAUUUCGUUAUAUUACGAUCAGUAUAGAACCAUUAUAAACAAUUCAUGUGAUACUACUGAUUAUAAUAUAUACAAUGCUGUGAAUUAUUACUCCUGUGUGAUAUUUUCAAGGAUCUGUCUCUUGUGCAUACGGUAUCAACUGAAUCGAUUUGGCAAUGCUGGAAUCAGAUUGUUUAAUAGCAAAUUUAGAAACGUUAAACUUACCUCCUCUGAACCAUCCAAUGAAGAACUAGAAAAAUUUUCCUACUCCCUAAGUAGUGCAAUUAUUUCAAGAUCUAUUUUAAAAUGGAGAUGGUUUAAGACUACCAAUACGACAGAACGGUUAGAAAGUAUAACUCAAUAUUUUUUGAGAAAAAAAAACAAAAGUAUCCUAGCCCUUGACAAUUCUCGUUCCCCCUUGAUUCAUAGAUUGUUUAUGUUAGAUUCCAUUUUAUCCUCUCUCCUCUUCCUCGUCUUCUUUUUGAUCAUUAUAUUCGUCAAGUACUUUUCUUCCACUGAAUGGCGAUGGAGAGCGUCUCCACUGGGAUGA